AUGGCCUGGGAUAGAAUGACAGCGAUGCAUUCUUGGGUGUCAGCCAUUUAUUCUUGGUUCCUGACCGAGCUGACCAGGUUCUUCCAGAAGUUCCAGUUGUCGGGCAGCCUGUUCAUCACUCUUAAGAAGUGUGAUGGUCGAACUAAACCCAUUCCAAGGAAAGGUUCUGUGGAGGGCUUGGAGCCCUCAGACAACAAGUGUCUGUUAAGAGCUACUGAUGGGAUAAAGAUCAACACUGUGGUGAGCUCCAAAGAAGUGACUAAGUUUCAGAUGGCUUAUUCAAACCUGUGGAGAGCUACCGUGGUUGGGCUGGAGAAGCGGGACAAAAGGAACAAGAGUCAGAAGAGCAAAGCAGCAUGGUGA